AUGCCUCGCGAUCCAUUGAUUGGGCUGGUGGGCAAGCCGUCAAGUGGAAAGUCCACGACCUUGAACAGUUUGACCGACGCUUCGUCCAAAGUUGGCAAUUUCCCCUUCACAACCAUUGACCCUCAACGAGCCAUCGGAUACCUCCAGAUUGACUGCCCAUGCCAGCGACAUAACGUUUCAGAUCGGUGCCAGCCGAACUACGGUGGUUGCACGGAAGGGCGCCGCUCGGUUCCCAUUGAACUACUGGAUGUGGCAGGACUUGUGCCAGGAGCGCAUCAAGGCCGAGGACUGGGCAAUAAGUUCUUGGAUGACCUACGACAUGCCGAUGCCCUGAUUCAUGUGGUGGAUGUCAGUGGAACUACGGAUGCCGAAGGAAAAGCUACUCGAGGAUACGAUCCGUCCGUGGACAUUGAAUGGCUGCAUUCAGAAAUUGUGCGAUGGGUGUUGGGUAAUUUGAUGGAGAAAUGGGGAUCUAUCAAACGGAGGCAUGUCGCAACGAAAGCGAACCCAGUCGACACAUUACAAGGCCAGUUCUCUGGAUACGGAAGUACAUCAACUAUCGUUGCACGGUGUCUAGAUCGUCUUGCCCUGAAAGAGCCUCUCGAGGCAUGGUCAGAUGAAACGGUCGAGACUGUGGUCAAGGCCUUCAUUGAUGAAAAGUUUCCCACUGUAUACGCCCUGAACAAGAUUGAUCACCCCGAUGCGGACAAGAAUAUCAGCAAAAUUGCCAAAAUGCAAGAUCCUCAUUCCAUCGUCCUUUGCUCCGCUAUCUCAGAGGUCUUCCUUCGGCGACUGGCCAAGCAGGGGUACAUCAAGUACGUCGAGGGUAGCGAGUUCGUGGAUGCUCGCGAAGAUUUGAUCGAAAUGGGUGAUCCGGAGGGUGGUGGCCUUAAGGAGAUGGAUGAAAAGUUGAAGAGUCGUGUCGAGAACUUGAAGGACAUGGUUCUGUAUCGAUUUGGAUCUACUGGCGUGGUUCAGUGUCUUUCUCGAGCGGCAGAGCUUCUGGGUCUGGUACCCGUCUUCCCAGUACGGAACGUGCAGACCUUCAACUCGGGGUCUGGAAGCGCGGUAUUCCGUGAUUGUGUCCUGGUCAAGAAGAAUAGCACAGUGGGUGAUGUGGCCCGAAAAGUCAUGGGUGAUGUGCCAAUCUCCUACAUUGAAGGAGUCGGAGGUACUCGAGUGUCCGAAGAAGAUAUUGUUGCCGUCGGUAAACACGAUAUCCUAUCAUUCAAGGUCGGUCGGUAA